AUGGAGAGAAGAGCAGUUAUACCGGAUGAGUUCGUCAGGAUUGCUUCAGACCUGGUGGUUUGUGAACGUUACCCAUGGGGCCGAGUUACCUUCGAUUUUUUGAUAGAAUCUGUAAAUAACGCGAUGCAUAAGCUGCGCCAAGAAAGCUACAGCUGCAGCGGAUUUCUUCCUGCGCUUCAAUAUUGGGCGAUGUCCACCAUCCCGACGCUUGGGACUGCAGUUGCCAAGCCGAUGGCGUGCGAGGGUCCGCUGUAUUUGAGUUGGACGAAUUGCAGAUCGACAAGUAUGAAGAAGGUGCAGGAAGUGGAAUAUGAGAUCGUCAAGUUUGAUUGCCGGGUCAAUUGGUGCCUUCCAUUAAGAAGUGGACAAGUCGUCAACAAGUACUGUGAUGAAGUCGACGAUCCUACCGCCGAGAAUAUUUUGAGGCUUAUCGAUCAAGGUUAUAGGUUUUGUAACGAGGAUUGGGGUGUUUCUACGCAACUGGAUUCACCGCCUGUUCUUGCGCGACCUAUAAGCAUAGUAAUACCACAGAACAGGAAUAAGUUGAGGAAUCAGGCACGGUUGGAGGAGGCGAACGAAGAGGAGGACGAGAAGAAGAACAAAGAGGAGGAGACGAAGAGAAAAGAAAAGGAGGACCAGGGGACUAUCGUGUCCUUGCUUCAGAAAUUGUUGCUUGGCAUCCAAUCAAUCGACAAUAGGCUUAAGUCUGUCGAACGUCAUAUCAGGAUUCAAACACCACAUAAUAAUCCCGAUUUUUCUGACACACGUCCAUGGAAAAAGCGACAACCCUAUAGUUCUUCAAAUAUAAACAUUCAGGUCGCAUUUGACCCAGACGUGCAGGACCUUCAGGUUGCGCAUGACCUGCAGAAGAUGAAGGAGAAGACAGAGGAAGAGGCUGAUGAGGAGAAGAAAAAAGCGCAGGAGGAUGAGAAGGAGAAGACUGAUGAAGAUGAUACCAAGCAGUUUUUGAUAUUAGAGAAUUAG